GUAGAUGAAUUUUGUGGAACUUAGACGCGGAGUGAAAAAUUUGUCGUUCGUUCACUUUUGUUCACUUUAUAUAGAACUCUGGCAAAAGCUGUGCGCGACUAUCUUCAAUACUUAGUCGUUUUUUUGGUUUUUUUUUCUUGUAUCUCUCGUCACUCGACAGAGUCUAUCACUCGGUGUUGUGUGGUAUUUUCCCAGGUUGUAAACGAGGUGAAUUUUUUAUAAAAUAUAUAACAUUAAAAAUGGAUCUCGAACAGUCAUCAACCCAACAAAAUCCUGACACAGAAAAGGGAGCAAAGGAGAAUAGCAGUGCAGCCGGUAAUCAUGGAGAUGCACAUGUAAAUGGUAUGACAAAUGGUUAUGAACGCCAAAAAGAACAUAAAUCAGAGCAUCGGAGUAAAGAACGUUCCCAUAAAUCAGAGCAUCGUGAUAAAGACAAGAGUCGUGACAAAGAAAAAAGUCGUAAGAGUGAACAUCGUGACAAGGACAAAGAUAAAGAUCGUCAUAAGCAUAGUUCAAGUUCAUCAAAGGAUAAUAAAGAUAGACACAGUUCUAGUAAUAAAGAUAAAGAUAAAGAUAAAGAAAAAAAAAGUAGUUCAUCAUCUUCAAGUAAAGAUCAUAAUAAGAGUAGUUCAUCAUCUAGCAAAGAUCGUGAUAAAUCAAAAGAUCAUCACAAAUCAAGCUCAUCAAAAGACAAAGAAAAAGAAAAACAUCAUUCAAGUUCAUCAUCAUCAAAGGACAAAGAUAGUUCUAAAUCAAAAGAUAAAGACAAGGAUAAACAUCGGCAUAGUUCAUCACAUGAUAAAGACAAAUCAUCAAAGGAUAAAGAUCGUAAGCAUUCUUCUGAUAAAGAUAGACAUUCAUCAUCACAUGGUGAUAAAAAUAAAUCAUCUGAAAAAGAUAAACAUCGUCAUCGUCAUGAAAAAGAUAAAAGUAAACAUAAGGAUGAACGUAAACAAGAGGUCAAAGAGGAGCCUAAAAUCAAGGAGGAACUUGAAAAGACUGAAUCAUUUAAUAAUCAACAAUAUCAACAACAGCAACAAGAUAUUUAUAAUCAAGUGAAAAAUGAACAAGAAUCAAUGAAUAAUGCUGAAGAUGAUGGUAAUUCUAGUGAUGAAAAUGGUCUUUAUAUUAAGGAAGAUGACGAUGAGGAUAUCAAGCAAGAAAAUAACAGCCAAAAUUCAUCUGAUGGAAAUGACACGAGACUUUCUGAUCUUCAUAAUACAACUAUUAAAUCUGAAGAAUCUGACGAAGAUGUUCCACUGGCUGCUAGAACUGCUUCACCUCAUGUUAAACGUCAACUUGAUAGUAGUGAUGAAGAUGUACCAUUAUCAGCUAGAAAAAAAAUUAAACAAGAAACAAAUAAAAUGAAAAAAAAGAAAAAAAAGAGAAAACGUUCUUCUGAUGAUGAAGAUGAUAGUGGUGAUGAUUUUGAAGAGAAAACUAAAAAAAAAGCAGUUAAAAAAGAAAAACCACCAGCAUCAACACCAAGUCCAAGAAAAAAAAAGAAGGAAGAAGAAGAGGUUGAAGUAUGGAAGUGGUGGGAAGAAGACAACAAUAAAAAAAAAAAUAAAGAUGGAGAAAAAUGGACUUUUUUGGAGCACAAAGGACCAGUAUUUGCACCAGAUUAUGAGCCAUUACCAUCAAGUGUACAAUUUUUUUAUGGUGAUAAAGAAAUAAAAUUAUCAAAAGAUGCUGAAGAAGUUGCAACAUUUUAUGCUCGUAUGAUUGAUCAUGAUUAUACAUCAAAAGAUACAUUUAAUGAUAAUUUUUUUGCUGAUUGGCAAAAAGUUAUGACUGAAUCAGAGAAAAAAAAAAUAACAAAUCUUAGUAAAUGUAAUUUUAGACCAAUGAGUGAUUAUUUUAUUCAAAAAACUGAAGAAAGAAAAGCAAUGUCAAAGGAAGAAAAAAAAAAAAUUAAAGAAAAAAAUGAUGAAAUGUUAAAAGAAUAUGGUUUUUGUACAAUUGAUGGACAUAAAGAAAAAAUUGGUAAUUUUAAAAUAGAACCACCUGGUUUAUUUCGUGGACGUGGUGAACAUCCAAAAAUGGGUAGAUUAAAAAAACGUGUAAUACCAGAAGAUGUAUCAAUAAAUUGUUCAAAAGAUUCAAUAGUACCAAAACCACCAGCAGGACAUAAAUGGAAAGAUGUACGUCAUGAUCCAACAGUAACAUGGUUAGCAUCAUGGACUGAAAAUGUACAAGGACAAGUAAAAUAUGUUAUGUUAAAUCCAUCAAGUAAAUUAAAAGGUGAAAAAGAUAUGCAAAAAUAUGAAAUUGCUAGAAAAUUAGCUAAAACAAUUGAUAAAAUACGUGCUGAAUAUCGUGAAGAUUGGAAAAGUAAAGAAAUGAGAGUACGUCAACGUGCUGUUGCACUUUAUUUUAUUGAUAAACUUGCAUUAAGAGCUGGUAAUGAAAAAGAUGGUGAUGAACAAGCUGAUACUGUUGGUUGUUGUUCAUUACGUGUUGAACAUAUUAAAUUACAUGAAAAAUUAGAUGAUGAAGAAAAUGUUGUUGAAUUUGAUUUUUUGGGUAAAGAUUCAAUAAGAUAUCAUAAUAAAGUAUCUGUUGAAAAACGUGUAUUUAAAAAUUUACAAUUAUUUAAAGAUAAUAAACAAGAUGGUGAUGAUUUAUUUGAUCGUUUAGAUACAACUGUAUUAAAUAAACAUCUUAAUACACUUAUGGAAGGUUUAACUGCUAAAGUAUUCAGAACAUAUAAUGCAUCUUGGACAUUACAAGAACAACUUAAUAAAUUAACAAAUGAAGGUGAUUCAAUUGCUGAAAAAAUAUUAUCAUAUAAUAGAGCUAAUCGUGCUGUUGCUGUACUAUGUAAUCAUCAACGUGCUGAGCCAAAAACAUUUCAAAAAUCAAUGGAAAAUUUAAAAGCUAAAAUUGACGCUAAAAAAACAGCUGUUAAAGAAGCUGAAAAAGAAGUUAAAGAGGCUAAACGUGAUGCUAGACAAGGAGGAGCAGGAAAAGAUUUAUAUGAAAAAGCCAAGAAAAAACUUGAAAGAUUACAAGAACAAGCACUUAAAUUGGAUUUACAAAUGACUGAUAGAGAUGAAAAUAAAACAAUUGCAUUGGGUACAUCAAAGUUGAAUUAUUUGGAUCCUAGAAUUUCAGUUGCUUGGUGCAAAAAACAUGAUGUUCCAAUUGAAAAAAUAUACAACAAAACACAACGAGACAAAUUCAGAUGGGCGAUAGAUAUGGCCGGUGCUGACUACGUCUUUUAACCCCAUAUAUUUAAUUAAUUUAAAAUCAUAUUUCUUAUGCUCCAAUUAAUAAUUUGUAUCAAUACAAUCUUAGUGAAUUUUUUUUUAAUCAAACUUCAUGUGUGUUUUGUUAUUUUGGAACUGAGUUUGUCUUUUUUUUUUUUUUCUUUUUUUUCAACUUGAUGAUCAUCAACAGUAUAUCAAAAUUUUUUUAUGUCAAAAAAAAGAAAAUUUAUUCUAGAAUAAUAAUAAUUCAUCAAUUAAACAAUACCAAGUAUAAGUAAAAAAAAAAAUAAAAUAAUGAAAAUAAAAAAAAUAUGUAUGUGAUCGUGGAUUUAUUAAUACAAAGAAAAUCGUAUUAAUUUUUUUUUUUUUUUAUUUUUUUUUUAUGCGAUAGAAUGAAAAUGAAAGUUUAAGUAAAAAAAAAAAAAAAAAAAAAAUAGCAAUUAAAUUGUCGAAUUUUAAACGACUGGAACGAAUUAAUUUAAUCGUGUGUGAAUUUUUUUUCAACAUUUUAAAAUUAGAUAAAUAACCACAGGUUUAUUUGACAUUGUAAAUAUUAACUCAAUGUUUGUAAUGAAAGAAAAUUUAAUCAAUUAUAACUUCACCAUCUGCUCAAGUAAAAUUUUAGUUUUAAUUAAAUGCUGUAAAUUCAAACACAGCAGUGACGUGGAGUCUUUUUUUUUUUUUAUUUCUUUCAUAAUAAAUUAAAAAAUGCAAUGCUUAUUAUUUUAUUUCAUUAAUUUCAAACCAUCUAUUUUAAAUAAUAAUUAUGACUACUAUUAAACAAACGUGACUAUGAAUAAGACUAGUAAAUUAUCUCGAUAUAACGUGCUCGAUUAAAAUGCCUAGGAGAAUUUAUAAAUUUUAUUUUAAAAAUUAAAAAUGUACCAGGAUAGAUAUUGAAAGCUUUGUAAAGCACUUGUUAGAAAAUAAGACAUUAAUAUACAAUUAGAAUUAAUUAUACAUAAAUGUAUUUAAUUGUGAAAACAAAAAAAACAAAAAAAAAAAAAAUAGUCGAUGGGUAUUAAUUUCUUAUUGUUUGUUGGAAUUAUCAAUUGUGUAAAUGUGAAUGUUGAGUUAAAUUUUAAAUUAAACACACAGCCAUUUAAUAAAAUUUUUAAAUAAAUGACUGCCAAUAUUAAUUAGACAAUUAAACUAACAAUUAUAUAAUAAAUAAAAUAAAUGUCUAAUUGAUAAGAUAAAUAAUUAAUUAUUGUCUGAUAUAUAUUAUAAAUAAAUAAAAUAAAAAUUUACUCGAAAAUUUUAUUUUUAUAAUAAGUCUAUAUAUAGGUUUUUCAGCUGAUAAUUAUUAAUAAAUUAUAAAAUAAUUUAUUUCAUGAUAUUGCAAUUUAAUUGUGAUGGAAAAAAUAAUGCAAUCAGUGGAAAUAUUAAAAUCACAAUAGUCUAUGUAACCAUUAAUUAACUUUAAUAAUUUUUAUAUAAAAAAAAAAAAAAAAGCUGUUUCGUAUUUAAAUA